AUGCUCUGGCUCUCCGCGCUCGCCUACCCUGCGGCGCCCCCGUCCGAGGUUCUCCGACCUCCAGCUUCAGAGCGGCGCGAGCUGCUGCGUGUCCGCUCCGGGCACACACCGUUAGGAUCGUGGGAGGAGACGACCAACGAGCCGAUGCACAAGACGGUCUGCGAUGGCCGACCGUGCCGCCCUGGCGAGGGCAAUCGUGUGGGUUAUGAACACUGGAAGCAGCCGUACCGGCCGCUCGACGAGGCUGUCGUACGCGCGCUCUCCAAGAAGCCGCCGCACGGACCCGAUGGUCCGCAAUACGCCAAACUUGUCGCUGCCGCCGGCCAUCUUGCGGAUGCCAGCAAAUUCAUCGCUCUGGCCGCCGCGGACUUCGACUACCGCGAGCUGGCUGAGAACUGGCACGCCGCCGCCGCGCGCUCCGGGGUGAGAUGCGCCCUGCUGUACGCGCUCGACGCUCCGGCGCACGCUCACCUCACUGCGCGGCUCGGCGCUGCGAGCGUCGUCAACGGCACGGCGAACCUUGACGCGUGGGCCACGACCAAACUGAUGCGCCACAUCCAGCGCGCGCUUGCGGAGAGGCACAUGGCGGCCGCAGCCCUCGCCACCGCCGGCUUCGACGUGCUCCUCUGCGACUCAACGGCGGUGUUUGUGGCCGACCCGCGGCCGCGACUCCUCUCGGUACCCGCCUCCGACGCCGACGUGCUUGUCGGACGCCUCCACUGCAACCGCCCCGGCAAGAACAGGCACUCGCCGCCCCCUCUCCAACCUCGGCCUCUCGAGCUGCUCGGAUGUGCCGCUGCGUGGAACUUCCUCUUGCUGCGCGGCGCCUCCGCGUCUCCGCCGCGCCGGAGCCUCGUCGCACGCCUCUCGGUGCGCUCGAUCGAGCGCGGCAUGGUCGACUUUUAUCUGCGCUGGUGGAUGGGGCACCACUGCACCUUCAUCGGCUUUGACAAGACGGUGGCCGAUGCGCGGCCGAGGAUCGAGGGCGGCUUCGGCGGUCCUGAGGCGGUUGCCGCCGCGCCGAAUGCGGUGGCUCUCGCCACGCUGACGGCGCCAAGCUGGUGCGACGCCGGCGGCGGCAGCUGCUUGCGUCUCGGGCUGCUGCCGAUGGACGCAUUCCCGCCCGCUGGGGCGUUUGUCUCGAGCCGCGCCACUGCUGUCGUCGGCCGCGCGACAAGGCCGCCUAGCGAGCCCGUCCACAGGCUACGCCUCGACCGGUACGACCAGCGAGACUUUGCGGCCCUGGUGGCGCGCAUGGGGGAGGAGGGGCUCUGGCUGCUCGGGUCGUAA